CUAUUUUGAGAAUGGUUUGCAUCCAUCUUAUGACAAAUAUUAUUAUAUGUUGUCAAGCCGUGAUAUGGAUUUUACCACGUUAAAAAGUAUUAUUUUCAAGUUGAGUGAUCUAAAAGACAGAAGUUCAGAUUGUAACACGUUGGCACGUUCGUCCCGCUUCUACGAAGGUAGUACAAAUUUAAAUAAUUCAGCUAGUAAAAAUAAUUAUAAACAUAAUGAUUACUAUAAUUAUAAUUCAGACGAUUUAAAAAGGAAUAAAAGACAGGUAGAGCAUGACUCUUCGUACAAUGGUCAUAGGGUUGAAGAUAUUGAUAAUGUAAGAGGCAAAUCAGGACAUGAGAAUAAAAACUAUAGGUAUAACAAUACAGACGAAUAUAAUUUUAAUACGAAUUAUGAGAGAAGACAACAAAAGUUGAUUGAAGAUAACCGGACAAAGAGUUUCGAACAAAACCCACCCUUAGUUGAGGACUACCAGAGCAGGAUUUUUGAACAAAACCCACCCCUGUUUGAGAGACAAACAGCUGAUAUGCAUGGUAUAUUUAUUGUGUCAGAGGAGCAUGAGAUAGAGGAGAAUAGUGUGAAUAUUUUGGAAGAGGACGAUUUGGAUUCCCUCAAUUUAGAAAGUGCACGGAUAGAGGAAUAUUGUGAUGCCCUCCCCGUGGCAAUGGGAUACGCACAGGCAGAGGAAGUGAAUGAUACCCUCCCUGUAGCAAUAGAGUUCGCACAGGUAGAGGAAGAUGAUGCCCUCCCUGUUGCAAGUGAAGUUAUGCCGGCUGAGGAUGAGUGGAAUACCCUCCCUGGCAAUGUCGAGGAAGAUGAAAUAGAAAAAUGGAAUCCUUUCUUUCUCGAAGAAGAGAAAUGCAACUCCUCAAGUGUACCAAUGUUUUGUUUUAACAAUGUGGAAGAUAAAGAUAUACCUCCGACACAAGAAGUUACGCAUAUAAGAAGCAAAAGUAUACGUCUAUUAGACAACCCUUGUUGGAACCGACAGUUUGACUAUUUUGAUCGUAAAACAAACGUUCCAAGAGAAGAAACUCGUAAUGAAUUUAGACCCCAGCAAGUCAUUUCUUGCACAACUAGGACACUGGAUAUGAUGACCAAAAGGCCAAACGCCAAGAUGGCGAAGGAUAUCAUUAUCCACCCUAGCCACCCUCCCUGGACUCGAUGCUUAUGAGUCAUAUUUAGAGUUGAAAUUAGAAUCAAGAAACGCAUGAUUGUAUAAAGGACCUGAUAAAGACUAUUUAAUUAA